GACGACCGUUACAGUUUCACCAUCGCCAAGCUGCAAUGGAUCGAUUAGACGCGCGGCGGGACCAAGUUUUGGCGGCGGUCGGUCGCGCGGUUCGAGUAGCUCAAGGCCAUUGGGUGUACCAAUGGAUGGCUCUGGUGUGGACAAUGUAUGGCCAGCCUUGGUGGACAUGGCUGUUUGCUACGAUCACAGGCACGGCGACCGAAGGAGGCACGGAGAGUGCUUGGGCCAAAGACAAACUGACCACGAACGAUGUGUAUCGGGACCGUCUGCUGGCCAAGGAGAUCGCCAUGUUCGUGGACCUAGGGGAUGCGUUGGGCAUGAGUGGAACCCAGCGGCAUGCGUUGUUUGUGAAGUUUCUGCAUCUGGACUGGAUGCGAAGAAGCGCCAUCUCAAUCCAAGACUUGUGUCUGUACUGCACAUUGCGGCGCAGUCGAUUUGCCGACUGCAUCCUGCCCGUUCCCAACGACGGAGGAGGGUUUCGGCAGUUCCGUCAUCGCUUUGAACUGGUGCAACUCACCACCGCGCUCUUCAACGUGUGCACCUUGCCUCCGUCCAAGUUGGUCGAAUGGACACUAGCUCAAGCCAAGACGGACCCGGUCGUGCAGGCGCUCGUGCCUGAUUGCGACAAGAGUCCAUCAUUGCGACUAGAAAUCGCCCAAGUCCUUUUGUUCGUGUACGGCACCCUCACACCCAAUGAAGCGCAUGUCAAGUCUGCGCUAGAAACGUUGUAUCUGUCCUUCAACGAUUCCGUCGCGGCCUCCCACGGCAUGAUGACCCUAGAAGCGAUUGUGGAGCGAUUUCCAGUGCUGAUAUUCCCCGUGUUUUGGCUUCAACGAACGCUGCGUCGACGAGUGCUGGGUACAAAGUUUUGGGCGGCACUGCAAGUCCGGCGAACCUCGUGGGGUAGUGGCCAGAUCUUCUACACGCCCCGGGAACUCAUGGACGAAGCGAAGGCGUACCGCACCGCCACCGACGAACGAGACUAUGUACAUGCUAAACACGACGACGACGACGAGACUCGCCACGUCAUGACGGUGCGGACCAAAGUACUCCCCGUAGACGACGACAGCGGUGUGAUGGACGAGGAGGACGCGACGGGACCGUUGGGAUUUGCCGCCACGAUUCAGCGGUAUUCGAACGAAGCGACCGCGUGGCAAGUCACGGCAGACAACCUCCUCGCUGCGAUUCAUAUCAAGCAAGUGCAGAUGGACGGAAACAUGGGCGCGGAGGCAGUGGGAGUGGAGUAUACCCGGAUCACCAAGGCCUUGAGGAAUGGCACGUUGACGCCAAAGGAAGCGGAAAGCAUUCGGAAAAGCAUCGUCAAGCAGUAUGGAUACAACUUUGCCAGCUUUAUCGUUGGACACAGCCAUCUACGGCACAACCAGCACGAUGCAGCAGCAGGACAAACCAAGCACAAAGUGAAGAAGCAGGCCGAUGCCCCCGAGAACUGGCAAAAGCUGUUUGAUCCGAGCACCAAGCGCGCCUUUUUCUACAACGCACUCACGGGGGAAUCGGACUGGCAGCUACCCCCGCAUUGAUGCAACCGGCAGACGACUUCGCACCGCCAACACCACUGUCGAGACUUUCCACGCGGCUUUGCAGCAACAUUAGCGGCACUUUCACGCGCAGGACCCGCAACUUGAGUCGAACCAGGUCCUCUGAUAGUGCAACUCCAUCAACCAGG